GAUCCCGCCACCCUCCUUCCGUGGCGCCUGCAGGGAAGGGGGAAUCGAGGGCUGCACCCGAGCCGCCACGGGACCUCAACACACUUCCGCGCGAAGCUGCUUCCACCAGGCCUCGCCGCGGCGCGGGCCCCUGCCCCUUGCUUCUCCUCCCCGCGAUGCGGGUCUCUUCGGGCCGGGGACGAGGAAGGUGACCCGCGCCCGGGCCACCCCAGCUGUUUCUCCAGCCUCCUUCCCAGCCUUUGAAGCGUGAUCGCCUGCACCUACACCCAGUUUCCUGCGUUGUCCUCGCCCCCUGCCCCUCGGCACCGUCGAAGGUGGAAGCAAGUAAGAAGACUGUUAGGAUGCCAAUGGUAGCACGAAGACUGAGAGAUCCUGACAUAAAUCCUUGCUUGUUGGAAUCUGAUGCUUCUACCAGAUGUAUGGAUGAAAAUAACUAUGACAGGGAAAUGUGUUCCAAUUACUUCUUGAAGUACAAAAACUGCCGAAAGUUCUGGAAUUCUGUCAUGGUGCAGAGAAGACAGAAUGGAGUGAAGCCACCUAUGCCAACAGCAGCAGAAAGAAAUGAAAUCUUGGGAGCCAUGGGAAAGAUGCCCUAUUGAAUGUUUGCAUUAAAAUGAUUUAACUCCAAAGGAGAUAAAUAUUUUUAAUAAA